GGCAUAAGGCUACCUGGCACGCCUUCUACUGCAGUGCCCAAAAAGGAAGGCGUAUGCAUAUAAAAUCUGUCCUCAUCGGCUCUACAGUCACCAGUCGUCACCAGUUCUCCCAGAGCCAUCACCGCCAUGAAGCCCCUGUGUGCUGUCGCCCUGCUGACGCUUUGCGCCAUCGCCUCUGCCACUGGCAAGAAGAAAGAGAAGGUUGAGGCCCGCGGUGCUGUUCUCGGAGGUGGGCUGGGUGGCUGCUGCCCCUGCACUGGAGGUUUUGGAGUCGGUGGUGUGGGCCUAGGAGGUGGACUCGGUGGCGGACUUGGUGGAGGCAGCCGCUACAGCAGCGGUAGCUACAGCUCAGGCUCAGGCUACGGAUCUGGCGUUGGCGCAGGUGCUGGACUUGCCUCCGGUGCUGCCCUUGGCUCAGGUGCUGGACUUGCCUCCGGUGCUGCCCUUGGCUCAGGUGCCGGACUUGCUUCCGGUGCUGCCCUUGGCUCAGGUGCCGGACUAGCCUCCGGUGCUGCCCUUGGCUCAGGUGCCGGACUUGCCUCUGGUGCCGCACUAGGCUCAGGUGCCGGACUUGCCUCCGGCUCCGCUGUAGGCUCAGGUGCAGGACUUGCUUCUGGUGCUGCACUUGGUGCCGGUGCCGGUGUUGGCUCUGGCGCGGCACUAGCCUCAGGGGCAGGACUUGGCUCUGGCGCUGCGCUCGCCUCAGGCGGUGGACUCGGUGUUGGGGCUGCCGGCGCUGGUCUCGGAGUCGGAGGAGCUGGCGUUGGACUGGCAAGUCCUGGUGUAGGCCUUGGCGUUGGUGGUGUUGGUCUCGGAGGUGGUUAUGGAUCAUCUUCCGGCUACUCUGGUUUCAAGCAAGGCUCUGGAUUCAACAACCAGGCAGGAGCGAACAAGGCUGGUCAGGGAAGCUUCGCAUACAACGUUGGUGGCUCAGACAGCAACAAGUAUGGCCACAGUUCCUCUUACGGAGAUUCCAAGAGCUUUGGCUCAAGCGCUAGUGAGGGCUUCAACCGUGCUUCUGGCCAAGGAAGCCAUGGUAGCUCUUUCAACAAGGCUGCCGCUGGAUCCGGAGCCCAGAGUUCGAGCUCUGGCAGCAAAGUUGUUGCCUCUGGUUAAGUACUACAAGGGACUCCUGUGGUUCUUGUGCCCCUCCUUUACACUCAGAUGGUUGCUGAACGGCUAGAGAACAACGGCUUCAAAAUGUUACGUUUAGAUGUCCGUGAAGUGAUAUUGUGUGCCCCAUAAUCAUGCCUAGUUUUUAGUAAAUAAAUUGUUUUGCUAGUCUGAUAAAAUGUUUUCCUACACCAAUAAACAGCUAUGUUACUAUAAAAGAAAA